GCGUCGUGGAAAUUAAUGGCACACAUAGCGAGGAGAAUAGAUGAGAUGAGUUUGAGUGAUGUGAUGUCCGAUUAACGGUGCCUGCCUAUAUAUCACACCUCAGAGUAUCAUUCUGGGAAACUGGAACUUUCAGGCCAUCGUCUCCGGUGGUUGCUGCGGCGUUGCCUUCUCUCUACUCAUUUCUUCACUGGCUUAGUAGUUUGAGAAGAAUCCAUUUUCAGAUACUUCUCCAAAGUAAUCUGGAACUGAGCAAUUAUUCCGGGUUAAUGCAUGCAUGGGUUCUUUAGCAACAGCUGAAGCAUGCGACACAAAUGCAGCACUCCUGGCUAGCGGUGACAUCCGAGUCCUGCCACCUAUCUUCAAGAUUUACGGGCAAAGUCGAGCGUUCUCUGGCCCAAUUGCCACUCUCAAGGUGUUUGAAGACAAUGUGUUGGUCAGAGAACUUCUUGAAACCAGAGGCGAAGGCAGAGUUCUGGUUAUAGAUGGUGGAGGAAGCAUGAGAUGUGCCUUGGUGGGAGGAAAUUUGGGGCAGUUGGCUCAGAAUAUGGGGUGGACUGGAAUCUUAGUAAAUGGGUGUAUAAGGGAUGUAGAUGAGAUAAAUGGCUGUGAUAUUGGGGUUAGAGCAUUGGCAUCACAUCCCCAGAAAUCAAACAAAAAGGGGAUUGGGGAGAAGCAUAUACCUAUUCAUAUUGCAGGAACUGUAAUUCGUGAUGGAGAGUGGUUGUAUGCAGAUAGCGAUGGUAUUCUCAUCUCCAAAUCUGAGCUAUCUGUCUAGGUCAAAGCUAGUGAUUCAAAGCGCAGUUUGUUGCUUGAUGAAUUUCCAAUAUCAGUACAUUUGGAGUAAUAAUACCUUGAUCAUUCAAAGAGACAUGCAUGCACAUUUAAUACAUGUGACAUGGACUUUUUA